AUCAACGGCUCAAAUCCCCACCAAAACACACGAUCUUGAUCUGUUCGUUCAUUCCUCUGUUUUAGCUUCCUCUCUCUCUGCUCUACUACCAUACCCAGUCUGUUCCAUCGCAUUUAAUUCCAGAGAAAUUUUCUCCUUGCUUCCUGCAAAUUUUUUGAACUUCCCUUCAAUUCAAUCGGUUUCACCAACUGGGUCUUCUAGAAAAAGAUAGGGCAUGUUUGGGUAGACCCGGUAGAGUGAUAAUUUUGUGAAGAUUCCUCCAUUUUCCUGCAAAAGUUUUGAACUCUUCUUCAAUUCAAUCGGUUUCACCAACUGGGUUUUCAAGAAAAACACUAGGGCAUGUUUGGACACACUCAAAUUCUGUAAUUUUCACAAAGUAGAACAUGCCUGUGUCAACUAGGUCUCAAAUCAAGACAGACCCAGAUCAUCGCAUUGAUCCCAUUCAAAACCCUCUGAGAAACCCACACCAUGGGUUGAAAGAGAAGAUGAGGGCACUCACCCUCUUGUACGAGCAGCAAAGGCAACAAGCUCUCAAGAACCCUCCCGAGCCGCCGCCAAGGCUUUCCUCUCAUCCCAGCGUGGACCUCCUCAGUUCAGGCAAGAGAGGAGGAGGAGAGAGAAAGGAGCCGUCGAAUGUGAUGAGAGAGAAGAACACCGCCACAGUCGUUACAAGAACCUACGCCUUGCCUCAGCCCCCACUUUACAGCGCCAAGGAAAACGUUGGUGAUCGGAUUGUUGGGUUUUCGUGCCCAAGGAAGGCAGCGGUUUCGACCACGGUGGCGAGGAAGCUGUCGAUGGGGGCCGGGUUGGACGGUAGAGGGGUAAUUGGGUCCAAGAAAUUGCAAGAAAUGGAGAGGGUUGUGUUGGAGAAUAAGCAGAAUGGGGAGAUUGGUGGGGGGAGUAGGAUUCUUGUGUUUGUGAGGCUGAGGCCGAUGGGGAAGAAGGAGAGGGAGAGUGGGUCGAGGUGCUGUGUAAGGAUUGUGAACCGGAGAGAUGUUUACUUGACAGAAUUUGCGACGGAGAACGAUUAUUUGAGGCUGAAGAGGCUGAGGGGGAGGCAUUUCACGUUUGAUGCUUCGUUUCCGGAUUCUACUACUCAACUUGAGGUUUAUUCAACCACAACGGCAGAACUUGUGGAAGCAGUUUUGGAGGGUAGGAAUGGAUCAGUGUUCUGCUAUGGUGCUACGGGAGCUGGCAAAACAUACACCAUGUUGGGUACAGUGGAGAAUCCGGGGGUGAUGGUUUUGGCGAUGAAGGAUCUUUUCAACAAGAUUAGGCAGAGGAGCUGUGAUGGAAACCAUGUGGUUCAUCUGUCCUACCUUGAGGUCUAUAAUGAAACUGUAAGGGAUUUGCUUUCUCCGGGAAGACCUCUUGUCCUUAGAGAAGAUAAACAGGGGAUUGUGGCAGCUGGUCUUACUCAAUAUAGAGCAUAUUCCACAGAUGAAGUCAUGGCAUUGCUUCAACAAGGAAAUCAAAACCGAACCACUGAACCAACUCGUGCCAAUGAAACUUCUUCACGUUCCCAUGCUAUUCUCCAGGUGAUGGUUGAAUACCGAGUUAGAGAUGCUUCCAACAAUGUUGUCAACCGAGUGGGGAAGCUGUCACUUAUUGACCUAGCAGGUUCAGAGAGAGCUCUUGCAACAGAUCAGCGAACGCUUAGGUCACUUGAGGGGGCCAACAUAAAUAAAUCACUCCUUGCACUUAGCAGCUGCAUCAAUGCACUUGUCGAGGGCAAGAAACAUAUCCCUUUCCGAAAUUCCAAGCUCACCCAACUGCUCAAGGAUUCCCUUGGGGGAGCUUGUAACACGGUUAUGAUUGCCAAUAUCAGUCCGAGCAAUCACUCGUUUGGUGAAACUCAAAACACCCUCCAUUGGGCUGAUCGAGCUAAGGAGAUCCGGACCAAGGCCUAUGAAGCAAACGAGGAAAUACUGCAAGUGCCCGAAUUUGGAACAGAUCAGGCUAAGCUAUUGCUCGAGUUACAAAAAGAGAACUGUGACUUACGAGUACAAUUGGCACGACAGCAACAGAAGUUACUUACCAUCCAAGCACAAUCCUUGGCAGCAAACUCCUCACCAACCCCUUCUUCUAUCUCCUCUCUCUUAUCUCCUCCCCCGACUUCUGCCCAACCAAACGAAAAACGAAAGCCCAGAUCAACUUGCAUGGGUGGGGGUUAUUUCACACCAGAAUCGAAGAAGAAGGGGGCCGAGGAGACAGUCAAGGAGCUCCGGAGGACUGUCAAGGCAUUGGAGACGGAAAUUGAGAGAAUGAGAAAGGAUCAUUCUUUGCAGAUAAAGCACAAGGAUGAUCUUAUUCGUGACAUUUCUCGAAAAGGUGCAAAAGCAGGGAUAGGAGGGAGUGGGGCGGAGGGGUUAAAGAGAGUUGUAACAAGGGCGAGCUUGAGGCCAAAGGAGAAAAAUGAGGGUGAGUUGAAGAGCCCGAAUCAUCGAUUUCUAUCUCCAGCUCCAACUGCUAAGAAACGUAGUUUCUGGGACAUAACAACGGCUAAUAGUCCAUCGCUUCUCACUUUAAAUGGAAGAAAAACCAGAAGCCAUGUCAUUAACGACCCUCCUGCAGCUCCCUCCAUGCUUCUUCAGCUUGCAUAUCCAUGUUUCUGGUUUGUGUUCAUGUUCGGACCACACAUCGCCAAUUGCUUGCAUCGUUCAGCCAGGUUUUGCUCGUCAGAGAACCGAAACUUUGAAGCAGUAAAAGAGGAAGCAUAGCAAGAACUGACCUGAUUAAUUGAAGAAGAGACGUGAAGUUGGAUGUGAUGGAAGAAGAAAGGCAAAAAGAUGGCACCAAUUGGUACUUGUUCGUUCUUCUUUAUUAUUAUCUCUCUGCUCAAGCUGGUUAGUGGUGACAACGAUCUUAUAAACCAAGACUCGCGAAGGAAAGGGAGAGCAGCAGAAUUCUUCAAUUCAGUUCACACAAACUAUAAGCAAUCACCUGAUUUGCCUAACAGUGAGUGCCUUGUUCCCAACAUUUGACAUUGAAAUUUGUGUUGUUUCAGUUGUUUUUAGUUUCCCCAACAACAGCUCAUUGAUUUAUGCUCCAUAGGAUAUCAUUUGCAGUCCAGUAAACUUGACUUUGUACACCUUUUAUUCCUUGUCGUUUUGGCACGUCUUGUCGACAGUGUACAACGGACCAAAUCUAUGACGUCUCCAGACACUCAAUAUGAGGAGCCUUGUUUAUUUUCCUUCAGUUAAGGAAGGCUGUUUUACGUAAGCA